AUGUCCUCCAAUGAUCGCCGCGCCGGCCACAUGAGCGCUCCUCGACCCCGCGUUGCCUCCAAUCGCGUCGAUGCCGAUAGGCCUAGUCGCGGCGCCGCCUCGCCGCUCCAAGACAACAUGGACCCGAUGCGCACGAGUAGCUCGAGUCAGAAACACAGAGCUUCCCGAGACCAGAAGAAUAUGUCUGAGAAACGUACGGAGCGUACUGUGAUCACAACAAGGGAAAAGGCGGUGCGGAGGAAUCCCGUCAAGGAGUUCAACGUCAACUUCAACGUCUCAGAAUGGGAGAAUCCAAAGGCCAGGAAGUCCAGCAAAGCAGAUGGCGCGAGCCCCAGUGGUAAGAAGAGGGAACCCGUCCCGGAAAAUGCACCAUGGAAUCCACACGCAUCUCUGAUUCCUCACUCGACGGCUCCGCUCGCCUGUAGAGUAUCCGUUCCUCCGGCCGCCUCAGCGGCGCCGCCCUCACUCCAUCCCCGACCAUUUCGAGACCUAUCGUCUGACGCACAAGAAGCGGCAAUCCUGGAGGAUCUGCUUUUCGUCUUCAUGGGCUUCGAAGGCCAGUACAUCCACUAUCACAACUCGUUCGACCCAUCAGCCGAGAAAGACCGCUUGACAGGCCCGAUAUUCCAGUUCGCACCGGGCUUGGAUCCUACCCUGCGGGAUCUCACACAGUCCAUGUUGAGGAUGGCGACUCAUUACAGCGCCAUGGAGGCUUUUGUUGAGAUCCAGAGUCGCGCCGAGUAUGGAGCUGUUAGCCAUGCACUCUGCGCAGCUAUUCGGAAACUCCUCAAAGAUUACCUGAUUCUUAUCGCUCAGCUGGAAGGCCAACUGCUAAACAAUCCCACCUUUACCCUCCACCAACUUCACCUCCAUACGAUGCCAACCAGUCAAUGUCUCGCUCAGCUGUAUUCUUUGGGCCAGGAGCUCCUCCGUCGCAAUGGUCUCCUGGAUCAAGACCUUGAUGAGUCCAUGGAGGAUUUUGGCGACGUUGAUAACAUUCUCGAGCAACUAAAGGAAGGAGGCGACCUAGUUCCGGGCGCUAUGGCUAGCAAGAAAAUUUGCAAGGGCGGCAAUAUUUUGAGGCUUCUGACGGACCGCUUAGCGACGUUCUCUGGUGAUCCAACCACCAAGACUCUGAUUCAGUCAUUGCUACGCGACGCCAGUCGACCGUACAUGAACAUGCUGAAUGAAUGGCUGCAUCACGGCGGCAUCAAGGAUCCUCAUGGCGAGUUCCUGGUGAAGGAGCAAAGGUGGAUCAAACGAGAGAAGCUCGAAGAAGACUACACCGACGAAUACUGGGAGAAACGCUAUACGAUCCGCGAUAAAGAAGUCCCACCACAGCUCGAUAGCGUUCGAGAUAAAGUGCUUCUGGCAGGCAAAUAUCUCAACGUGGUACGAGAGUGCGGUGGCGUCGAUAUCAGUAAAGCUGUUCAGGAUGUCCCCAAGACCCUCGACGAUCCACGCUUCCUGGACAACGUUAACGCAGCAUACACCUACGCCAAUGCCUCCUUACUCAACCUUCUCCUAACGAAAAACUCUCUUACAACUCGAUUCCGCUCCCUCAAACAUUACUUCUUCCUUGACCGCUCCGAUUUCUUUUCCUAUUUCCUCGAGCUUAGCGCAUCAGAGUUGCGCAAGCAUGCACGGAAUGUGAACGAGGGCAAGCUCCAGUCACUGCUUGAUAUCGUGCUCCGCCAGCCAGGCAGUAUCGCUGCCCAAGACCCAUUCAAAGAGGAUGUCAAAGUGCGAAUGAACAAGAUCGGUCUCACAAAGUGGCUGAUGGAGGUCGUGAGUGUCUCUGGUAUGGACCAGGAGAAUCCGCAGGCGUCGGUUGAAAAGCAACAAACCUCUGCCGCUCAGACUGCCGACGACGACAAGGAUAUUUUGGGAUUCGACGCACUGGAGCUGGACUACUCAGUGCCGUUCCCACUGUCUCUCGUCAUCAGCCGCAAGACGGUCUUGAGAUAUCAACUUAUUUUCCGACACUUGCUGUCACUCCGCCACCUGGAGACGCUGCUGGUCGCGUCCUGGGCCGACCAUAACAAGGUGACCAGCUGGCGGCAUAAGUCAUCGGACCGCAGGCUGGAGACGUGGAAGCGGCGGGGAUGGAAUCUGCGAGCCAAGAUGCUCGUAUUCGUGCAGCAGCUUCUAUACUUUUGCACGGCCGAAGUCGUGGAGCCGAACUGGGUGGGCCUAAUGGACCGAAUUAAUGAAGCGAGCGCGAAUGGGACUGAAGUGACCGUGAACGGUACGAAGCAGGCUAACCGCACUGUGGAUGAGCUUAUGCAGGACCAUGUGGAUUUCUUGGAUACUUGCCUCAAGGAGUGCAUGCUGACCCAGGCCAAGCUGCUCAAGAUCCAUUCCAAGCUGAUGACUUGCUGCACCAUGUUCGCACAGUGGACCUCGCACACUCUUUCACGGGCUCUGAUUUCAGCCGACCCAGAUCUGGCAGGCGACAAGGCUUUCGAGGGUGACCCGAGGGCCUAUCCCUAUGACCCAGCGCGUAUGGGCAAGCUUGAGGAUACUCUCAAGCGGUAUGAGGAUCACUUCAACCGCCACCUGCGGAUUCUGAUGGACAGCCUGAACUACUUCGCCGCAACUGAGAGUGUUGUAUUGUUGAAAUUAGCACAUUCCCUGAGCUCGAUCAGCAAGGAAGAUUGAGAAGUGACGCGAGAC